GUGUGAUCAGCGCAACCUGACUUACGUAAGUUCCUGAACAUAACACACCAUGCUCAAAGGUCCACUUCACACGAGCAAAGCCUCGCCCUCAAGAUGGUUCAAUCGACUUUACACACUCGUUUAUACAGUUGCCAUUUUCGCACUACUUUAUCACCAUUCUUGUAACCUCAUCUACUCACCUUCUUUAACCACCUUUUUCUUACUCGUCGCUGAUCUUGUGCUAGCUUUCUUCUGGGCAACCUGGCAAUCUUUCUUCUUUAAUCCAGUACACCGUCAGGUUUUCCCUGAGAACCUGGCACAAGUAGCGAAGGAGAGUGAUUACCCUGGACUAGACGUUUUUGUUUGCACGGCUGAUCCUUUCAAGGAGCCACCAGUCGGGGUGAUUAACACUGUGUUGUCUGUGUUGGCAUAUGAUUACCCGACAGAUAAGCUAUCGGUAUAUCUGUCAGAUGAUGGAGGGUCGCAGCUGACAUUAUUUGCGUUCAUGGAGGCUGCUAAAUUUGCUAAACACUGGCUACCAUAUUGCAAAAAGUAUAAUAUAUUAGACAGAUCACCGGAAGUUCAUUUCAGAAAGGAUCCAUCUCUGUUCCUUGAGACAAAUGAAAUCAAGGCGAUGUAUGAAAACAUGAAAUCCACUAUUAAAGAUGUGAUGGACAAAGGAACCAUUGAUGUUGAGCAAUUCAAUGACGAUCGUACUAUCAAAGCUCUCACUAAAUGGACUAGUAGAUUUACGCGUCACCAACAUCCUACAGUCAUCGAGGUUUUACUAAAACGUAACCACGACAAAGAUGUGUCGGGUCAUUACAUGCCGAAUCUAUUCUAUCUAGCACGAGAGAAGAAUAAAGCCGCCCCCCAAAAUUUUAAGGCAGGUGCCAUUAACGCUUUGCUUCGAGUAUCUGCAACAUUGACAAAUGCACCUAUAUUCCUUAUCCUGGAUUGUGACAUGUACUCCAACGAUCCAAAAACACCACUUCAUUUCUUGGACCCAACCAUCGGUUCAAAUUUUGGAUUCGUUCAAUUUCCUCAACUCUUCGACAACAUCAACAAAUACGACACUUACACUACUGAACACGUGCUUGAGAACCGAAUAUGUACCUCAGGAAUGGAUGGUUUGGAAGGCAUGUCAUUCAUGGGUACUAACGCCUUCUUCAAAAGAGAGGCUCUCACUGGGAAACCUACUAAAGCAAAAUGGAAAUGGAAUGAACAAAAUCAAUCAGAAUAUGAUUUAACAUUGGCACAUCGCGUUGCAAGUUGUAGUUUUGAGGAGAACACAAAAUGGGGUUCAGAGAUUGGAUUUAGAUAUGGCACGUUGGUUGAGGAUGCCUACACGAGUUUUAGAUUGCAAUGUUUAGGAUGGAAGUCGGUGGCAUGUAGACCAGAUAGACCUGCAUUUUUAGGAAAUAUGCCUAUUUCCCUUAAUGACUUUCUAAUGCAAACAAAAAGGUGGUAUAUGGGUUUACUACAAGUAGCUAUUUCUAAAUUUAGUCCUAUCACAUUCGGAAUAAGGAAUAUGAACCCUCUUCAGGCCUUGUGUCAUGCAUACUUUCAAUUCCGUGCCUUUUGGUGUAUUCCCAUAAUCAUAUAUGCCUUUUUGCCUCAAUUAGCACUUGUAAACUCCACCGCUAUAUUCCCAAAGGUAUCAGACCCUUGGUUUUCUCUUUAUGUAUUCCUUUUCCUUGGAGCAUAUGGGAAAAAUCUUGUUGAUUAUGUGGUGGCGGGAUCAACGUUAAAAAAGUGGUGGAGUUACCAAAGAAUGUGGUUGAUAUUGGGAUGCUCGACUUACCUAUUUUCAUUUUUUGAUUGGUUGGUUACGUCUCUUGGCAUGUCAACAUUGGAGUUUAAUGUGACAAGCAAAGUGUCAGACAAUGAACAAGAAAUACGUUACCAUAAAGGAAUUUUCAGUUUUGGCGUAGAAUCACCGAUGUUUGUAUCAAUAAAUGUGGCUGUGAUUGUCAACUUUUUCGCCUUUUUUAUGGGAAUUGGGCAUGUUUUGAUCAAUAAUGGGAGGGUUGAAGAAUUGUUUGGCCAGUUAUUCAUUACAGGGUUUGGUGUGGUAAUUGGUUGGCCAAUAUUUGAAGGCAUGGUAUUGAGGAGUGAUAAAGGAAAGAUGCCUAUCAAGACCACCUUGAUAUCAGUUUGUGUUGCUUUGUCUAUUCACUUGUUGUUUUCUUCGGCAUUUUAACAAUCACCGGAUAUGGCAAUGUUAUUUUCACCAUAUAUAUUUGCUUUUUCAAUUUUAAUUGGCAUUCUAGAAGAUGAUGUAAAUUUCAGAUAGAUUGGAAUGCAUUAUGAAUGGCU